AUGGCUAUAUCUGAAGAAGGACCUAUGUUUUUAAAGGCCAUUGAUGGGUCCAAGGAGUACAAGGACAAACAUUACAUGUUUGACUUAUUAAAGGAUGUAAUCAAGGAGGUAGGGCCACAAAAUGUAGUCCAAGUCAUAACUGAUAAUGCUCCUAUUUGUAAGGCAUCUGGGUUAUUGAUAGAAGCUGAAUUUCCUCAUAUUUUUGGGACCCCUUGUGUGGUUCAUACUUUGAAUCUUGGAGUGAAAAACAUUUGUGCUGCAAAGAAUGUUGAUGGUAAUGAUAAUGUCUUCAAUGAAUGUGGGUGGAUUGCUGAAGUAAUUGGCGAUGCUUCUUUUAUCAAGGUUUUCAUCAUGACUCAUUCAAUGAGAUUAGCAAUUUUUAAUGAGUUUUCUUCUCUUAAAUUGCUUUCAAUUGCUGAAACUCGUUUUGCCUCUAUGAUAGUCGUGUUAAAAAGAUUUAAAUUGUUGAAACGUUGUUUGCAAAAUAUGGUCAUUAGUGAUCAAUGGAAUAGUUAUAGAGAAGAUGAUGUCAGAAAAGCUGCACAUGUAAAAGAGUUGAUUUUGAAUGAUAUAAGGUGGGAUAACGUUGAUUACAUCCUUUCUUUCAUGGAUCCUAUAUAUAGCAUGAUUAGAAUAUGUGACACUGAUGCUUCUAAUCUUCACUUAGUGUAUGAAAUGUGGGAUUCUAUGAUAGAAAAGGUGAAGGCAACCAUCUAUAGGCAUGAUGAAGUGCUAGAAAAUGAAGUUUCUAGUUUCUUUGAAGUUAUUAAUGAAAUACUUAAUUCUAGGUGGAGUAAGAGUUGUAAUCCACUUCAUUGCUUAGCUCAUUCUCUAAAUUCAAGGUACUAUAGUGAUAAUUGGCUUAAUGAGGUUCCAAAUAGGGUUCCUCCUCAUAGAGAUGAUGAACUUUCUAGCCAAAGGAAUAAAUGUCUUAAGAGAUAUUUUUCACAUGUUAAUGUUAGGACAAAAGUUUAUGAAGAAUUCUCUAAAUUCUCAUCUUGUGCGGGUGACUUUGGUUCAUUUGAUUCAAUUGAGGAUAGAUGA